AUGUCCACAUCAGCAACAGAAACCACCCCCACAAGCAAAGCUAAGACCGUAACCCUUCAAAACGGAAACGUCUUCAGCUUUAACUCCAACCAAUCAACCGAGCUUGAUAUCAUCCCAGUUAUCGAUGCAUCCCGAAUCUGGAGCGACAAGCUCGAGGACCGGCAGGCUGUCGCUGAUGAGAUACGCACUGCAUCACGAGAGAUUGGGUUCUUCUACCUAAUCAACCAUGGCAUUGAUGGGAAGUAUGCAGAGGGUGCUCUGGAGCAAGCUAAGCGUUUCUUUGCUUUGCCAGAGGAGAAGAAGAUGGAGGUGUUCACUGGGUUGGUACCCAAUGAUGAAGAUCUCAGCGAAGCCUUCAACUGGGCCUAUGACCCUAAAGAAGACCCCGAAGCAGUCGAAGGCUGUGAGGCCUCAGUAAGCAUCUGGCCGUCAGAUGUCCCCGGAUUCCGAGAAGGUCUCUACGCCUGCCACACCGAGCUACUACGUCUAGCACGUCAACUAACUCGCAUCUUUGCACUCGCUCUUCAUCUGCCCGAGAACUCUUUCGACGAGUAUAUCCGCAAGCCAGAAGCCGGUAUGCGUAUCUUGCACUACCCAGAGCAGAGUCACUCAGCAGACGACCAAAAUGGUAUCGGCGCCCAUAGAGACGUCGAGUGCUUUACAAUGGUCACUCAAGACUCAGCCGGCGGUCUUGAGGUGUUGAGCAAGAGUGGUACUUGGGUCAAGGCGAAGCCUAUCCCUGGCUCCCUGGUCGUUAACAUCGCAGACUGCUUCAUGCGACAGACCAAUGACUUCUUUGUUUCUACAGUUCACCGAGUGAUCAACAAGAGUGGUCGGGAAAGAUACUCGGCGCCUUUCUUCUUUGGGUUUGAUAGAAGCAAGCUGUUGGAGCCUGUGGCUACUUGUGUUAGUGAGACGAACCCUAUGAAAUACCCUGUUAUGACUGGAGGGGAAUACUACACAUGGAGGACGAACAAGCAAAAGAGCACCAAUAAUAGGAAUGCACAGGCCUCCGUCUAG